AUGGUUACUUUCGACACGGUGUACCCCAGCAAUAGAGCAACCGCAACAGCCACCAUCUUCGUGGACAGGAACCCGAAUGGUCCGACAUUCAACCCCCAAGUGUAUGAACGACAGAUAGAUGAAAACACAUCCCUUGGAGCCCUUAUCGUUGAUGUCAACGCUACUGACUUGGACAACGACGUCAUCCGAUAUAGUCUCAAGGGCGAUACCCUUGACAACGAAUUCUUCUACCUGAACGAAGACACGGGUUACAUUUCAUUGAGAAAAAACCUUUUGUCUGUCAAUGAUCGCCAGUUUAGAUUUAACGUUAUCGCGAGUGACCAGUCAAAUCCAGAACGAACCUCAACAGCCAACGUCAUCGUUAACAUCAUCCGCGAUGAGGCACCACCCCAGUUCGUCCAACUGCCCUACGACACGGUUGUCUUAGAGACAACAAACAUCGGCACAUCAGUCUACAGGGUCUCCGCCAUCGACUCCGACAUCAAGGGCACCAUUGUGUACACGGCUACCGGAGACCUGCAAGCUCCUUACUACUUCAACAUUAACCAAACAAAUGGCAUCGUCACCGUCCGCAACAACAUCAGAGAUGAUGUCGCAUCCAAAUAUGCUCUGCGUGUGGCCGCAUUUGACAGCGCCUCCCCCGGAAGGACUGCAACUGCUCUACUGAGUAUCCAGGUUCUGAGGAACCCCAGCCCUCCCAUCUUCACAAGCAGCCGGUAUGAGAUAACUAUCCCAGAACACCAGAAUCUUGGGUCUGUCGUACAACAGGUCAUGGCCAGCGAUCCUGACGGGGACGUUCUGCGAUUCAACCUGGAACUUGACAACAGCGCCAGUGCUUCCAACAGCCUCCUGGCUCUAGAGUACUUCUACAUCCUGGAACAGUCAGGGGUCAUCUACCUCCGUAAACCUCUAACAGACGACACGGUCGACACUGCCAGAUUCACGAUGUUGGUCCGAGCACGUGAUCAGCGAGACAAUGAAAAGGAGUCGUUCGCUGUCGUCGUGAUCAACGUCCAGAGAGACCAGUUCCUGCCCGUGUUCUCACAGACGCCGUACAUUACCAGCCUUGAGGAGACCGUCCCUGUAGGCACCGUGGUCUUCAGACCAUCGGCAUUUGACAGAGACCUUGUGGAAGAACUAGAGUACAGAGUGAUCGGCAACAGUAUCGGCCCCUUUUACUUUGGCAUCAACUCCACCAACGGCGUCAUCACUCUGAAGAACAACCUCCGGACAGACAAUGCCAAUUUCAACUACACCCUAAGACUGACAGUUAUCGACACCGCCUACCCGACCGAGGUCGCCACUGCCACAGUUGACAUCAGGGUAUCGCGUAACAUCUACGCUCCACAGUUCACCCAGUCACCCUACCGUGUAACCAUCAACGAGACGGCUAGUGUUGGUGUCGGUAUACUGCAGGUUUCCGCGACCGACGCUGAUGGGGACCGAGUGAUCUACGAGGCAACCGGUGACAAUGACACUCUCCAGUACUUCUUCCUGUCCAGUGACACUGGGCUCAUCAGCAUCCGGGAACCCCUCACAUCCUCAUCCAGAUCUGGUUAUAGGAUGUCGAUCAUAGCUCGAGAUCAAGGCAACCCUGAACAGAAAACACCCGUCCUCGCUCUCAUCACCGUUAUCAGAGACCAGGCUGCCCCCUUCUUUAUAAACACACAGGAUUACAGCACCAUCGUGAACGAAGCCAUACCAGUAGGCAGUAGCGUCUUCAACGUAACUGCACAGGAUGGUGAUCUUCUCGGCGCCAUCAACUACGAACUCAUUGGAGAUUAUCCUACCCAGAGUUUCUUCAGCGUGGACAUACAGACUGGGCAGAUUGUCACAACUGACAACCUAAAGAGUGACAGUCUCAGGGCGGCUAAAUAUGUGGCCCGGAUAAUUGCUUAUGAUACAAUCCGACCUAUGGUACGAGCAACCUCAACAGUGGCUAUCACCGUAGUGAGGAACCCUAACAGACCACAGUGGCUGCAGUCCGCUUACAUCCAGACCAUCUCGGAGACCAUGAUGGCGGGGACUAGUGUUCUCAACGUUACAGCCAAUGACAGGGAUGCUGAUGAUAUUGUCACCUAUGAAAUCCUCAGUCAAAUUUCGGUGCCUUUUGGUCUGACAAGUCCUUACUUCUACAUUGAACGCCAAACUGGUAUAAUCACUCUCAGGGAGUCAGUCCUCAACGCCGACAUCAUCCAAGUUCUGAUACUCCUAAGAGCGUGUGACAACGGUAUUCCUAGACAGUGUGCUAAUUCCUCAGCAGGAAUCGACAUUAUCAGGAAUCAGUUCUCUCCGGUUUUCCAAAACCUUCCAUAUGAGAUCGUUCUUCCAGAGGCCACAGAGGCGAGCACCCAGGCAACCCUUCUCAAUGUCUCAGCCAUAGAUCAAGAUCUGAUUGGCCAGAUUGUAUAUGAGCAGGUGCUUCCUGGCAGUGCCUACUUUGACGUCAAUCCCGCAUCAGGGGCGAUAACUCUCAGAUCAAGUCUCCUCCUCGAUAGCAGACUUCAAAUCGUGUUCCAGGUAUUGGCUUACGAUGACAAGCAUCCCCAGAGAAAGACGACAGCUGAUGUAACGGUCAAUGUUUUGAGGAACCCAAGUGGACCUCGCUUCCUGCAAGAUCCUUAUGAAGCGACUGUAUCAGAGACGUACCCUCUUGGCGACAGCCUCAUCAAUGCCACCGCUGUUGACUCCGAUGGGGAUGUACUCCGAUACUCUCUCAUGUCCUUAUCAAUUGACGAGAAUCUCUUCUACAUCAACCCUGACAAUGGCCUCAUCUCUCUCAGGAAGCUCCUCUCGGCUUCCACAGCCACAAGAUACUCGCUGACAGUCAAAGCAACAGAUCAGAGAAUUCCUGAACAAACUGCUACUGCCCUAGUACUGAUUUCCGUGACACGGGACAACAGUGCACCAUUCUUUGUGGGAGGACCCUAUGCUAUCAGCGUUCCUGAAACCCGGGAGAUCAAUUCCACCAUUGUUGCGGUCAGUGCUCGGGACAGUGACAUGAAAGGGUCUAUACAGUACGAAGCCAUAGGCGUUUACCCAGCAACAUCCUUCUUCAAUGUUGAGGCGACCAGCGGCAACAUCAGGAUCAUCCGUAGUCUGUUGACAGAUGGCCUUCUGUUCACGUCAUACACUCUGAGAGUGGUCGCCUUUGAUACUGCGUAUCCCACAGCCAGAGCCACCAGUGAUGUAACCAUCGUUGUUAUACGUAAUGAAAACGGCCCUAGCUUCCUCCCAUCCGCAACAUAUGAAACACAGGUGUCCGAAGAUGUCGUGAUUGGUACCAGCAUCCUCCAAAUCACUGCAGUGGACCAAGAUGCAGGGGACGUCGUGACGUACCAGCUUGUAAACGCCACAUCGAGUGGAACACAAUACUUCUUCCUUGACCGAGAUGCUGGGAUCAUAAGCACCAAAAAAGCGCUCAGUGGAGCUCCUGAAGACCUGUACACAAUCAAUCUCAAGGCAGAGGACAACCGAGGCCGAUUUGCACAAGCAUCAGUUCGGAUUAUAAUAGUUCGUGUGACCGACAACCCACCUGUGUUCCUUGACGCACAAUACAGAGCAACCGUUGACGUCAAUAGGCCCCUCAACUCAUCGGUCAUCAAUGUCCGGGCAGUUGAUCCAGAUUUGGGCAAUGAGAUCCGGUAUGAUUUGGUGGGUUACUUCCCUGGAACCGAGUAUUUCACCUUGAACCCGAGUAACGGGCAGAUAACUCUGAAGAACAACUUUGGGGCUGAUACAUAUAAGACGCUUCUUUAUGUGUUGCGAGUCGAGGCAUAUGAGACUUUGCGUCCUGAAAUCCGUGUUGCCGUAGACGUAUUGAUCGACAUCAACCGCAACCCCAACGCCCCCGUCUUCAGCAAAGGCGUUUACGUGGUGACCAUCCCCGAGUCCACAGUCCAGGGAGCCAGUGUCCUGCAGAUCACUGCUACUGAUGCUGACGGGGACAUCCCAAUGUACCAGUUUAACCAGUUAGACGUUAACGGUCGAGAUGCAGCUGAAUUCUUCUUCUUGAGUGCUUCAACAGGCGUCAUCAGUGUCCGGAAACCUCUUAAAGAGGGCACCUCCCGACAAUACACAUUCACUGUGCAAGUCCGCGACCAGGCGUUCCCUGAACUCUUCAGCACUACCACCGUCCAGAUCAACAUAGACAGAGAUCAGUUCCCGCCUGUCUUUACUCAGAUGACCUACGUUACAGCUAUCACUGAGACUACUGAAGUGAACACCUCACAGCCUAUUGUUGUGGUGCAGGCUGCUGACAAGGACAGAAGGGAAGAUAUUGUGUAUGAAGCGAUUGGCGAUGGCUCAGCUCUGGCUUUCUUCAGGAUCGACUCAACUUCUGGAGCAGUAUACGUCAAGACUCCUCUGAUCCAGGAUAGUCUUGUUCUAUAUACACUUCGAGUACAAGCCUACGACACGUUCUAUCCAACCAACAUCGGCUACAGCACCGUCACCAUCAGUGUAAUCCGUAACCCCAGCGGACCCGUCUUCACCGCCAACGAGCAUGCCAAGUCAGUUCUGGAGUUUACCACUGUAGGGUCCCGGAUCAUCACCGUCACUGCAACUGAUGCUGAUGGGGAUGUCCCAGUCUAUUCGCUUGUGGGAGGUAUGGAGGCACUGGAGUAUUUCUACAUUUCCCCCAGCUCAGGGGACAUCUUCCUGAAGAAACGCCUCUAUGAGAGUCCAACACAACAGUACCAGAUGUUCGUACAGGCCUCCGAUCAGCGUAAUCCGGUCAGACUGACAAAUACAACAGUGUUUGUAACUGUUGCGAGAAGCCAGCCUCCGCGCUUUGUCCAAGGGCCAUACUCAUUCAGUGUUUCAGAAAAGACACAGAUUGGCACGUCGGUCUACGGUGUCAGUGCCAUUGACUCUGACAAACAGGGCACCAUCACGUAUGAAAUUGUCGGUGACGCCCCAGCCCCCAGCUACUUCGCCAUCAACUCCACCACGGGGGUGGUGACAGUCCGUUCCAACCUGCUGCUAGACAGCAACCAGAACUAUGUCCUCCGUGUCAAGGCACACGACUCAGCGUUCAUGUCUCAAAUAGCGACAGCCACCAUCAGCAUCUUCAUCGCAAGGAACGACAACCCACCUAUCUUCAUCAGAGAACCAUAUACCAUCGAGCUGCCAGAAGAGUUCGCUUUAGGACAACGAGUCAUCAACAUAACUGCGGAGGAUGCAGAUAACGACAACAUCCGUUACAGCAUGUUAAGCUCCAGCCUCGCCGACUACUUCUACCUCAACCCAGACACCGGAGUCAUCUUCCUGACCAAGAGUCUUGAAUCAACAGUCCAGAACAGCUUUUUGUUGUCGGUUCGUGCAAGUGACAGCCGCAUUCCUCAACGUAGCAACGACGCGACUGUGACCAUCACUGUCAGAAGAAACAAGUUCUUGCCUCAGUUCGUUGGCCUUCCCUACACAGUGACCAUCGGCGAAACACGCCCUGUAAACGACACCAUCCUCUCCGUCGCCGCAGUCGACAACGACCAAAGGCUCCGUGUGGUUGUCUACGAUAACCUGGUUCCCGCUCAAAGACUCUCCGCUGAUGUCUUGGUGUCUGUCGGGCGCAAUCUGAACGCACCAACACUAACUCAGACCCGAUAUUCUCAGGCUGUUGAGGACGAUUUCCCUCUCGGUGUCCCGGUUCUGAACGUGACAGCUUCGGAUCUUGAUGGGGACACAAUUUCGUAUGACAUCGUCGCCGAUAACAGCGGUGGAUCUGCACUUUCGUUUUUCUUCAUUGAGCGACCAACCGGAGCUAUUUUCCUUAGACAACCACUCUCAGCGUCAAGUGCUAAUACGUUCGCGAUGACAGUCCGUGCCACUGACAGCGGUCGGCCACCUCGCGAGUCGCGGGCGGAGGUUGUCGUGUAUGUACGGAGGGAUGAGUUUGCCCCACGGUUCGAGAAUUCCCCACUCGUUGUGGUGAUCCCCGAGACCACAGCCAACGCCUCGACUAUAUUCACCGUCACCGCCACCGAUCAAGACCAGCAGGGUUCAAUCCAGUACAGCGUGAUGGGGGUUCCGCCAGCACCAACCUUCUUCAUGGUUACCUCUGGUGGCAACAUUGUUGUCAGAGGUGACCUCAGGAAUGACCGCGCCAUGAACUAUGUUCUGCGUAUCCGAGCUGUAGACAGCGCUAAUCCUAACCUGUACACCGAAGAGGACGUGAAAAUCUCCAUCUUGCGGAACGUCAACCAUCCUGACUUCCAACAACAAUCCUACUCCACACGCAUAUCGGAGACGACGCGCAUAGGAACAUCGCUGUUGACUGUCGUCGCUAACGACGCUGACAAUGAUCGUCUUACAUAUGAUAUACGCGGCGACGAGCGAUGCGUCACCAUGUUUUAUGUCGGUGCGGAUAAUGGCUUCAUAUACCUCCGGCAGUCGGUUAUGGAUACGGCCGAUAGCUCAUUUACAUGUACCGUAUCAGUGUCUGACAAUGGCUACCCAACUGCAAACACUGCGACAACAACAGUCUUCAUCGGCAUCGACCGCGACACUGUCGUACCCGUCUUCUCAUCCAAUGGUAGAUACGCUGUCAACAUCAACGAAAACAUCGCCGUUGGCAGUUUCAUCAGCGCUGUGCAAGCAACAAGACAGAACCUGGCUGGUCGCAUGUAUUACGAAAUUAUCGGCAACUAUCCUGCACCAAGUUUCUUCAAGGUUCACAAUAUGACUGGUGAAAUAACAGUUGAGGAAAACCUCCGCAAUGACAAUCUUCGACUUGGGUCCUACACGCUUCGUGUCCGUACCUAUGACACGAGCGUGCCACACCUUGCUGCCAUUGCCGAAGUGUACAUAACGGUACUCCGGAACCUGAACGGUCCAGUGUUCAGUCCCUCUACGUACAGAGUGACGCUCAGGGAAGACGUGGACGUGGGAACAUAUAUCCAGAAACUCAACGUAUCGGACCCCGACGGCGUUCAACUCAGUUGCUCAGUGGACGCACAAGCCUACUUUGCCAUCGACGCAAGCACUUGCUUACUCCGAGUUUCCAAAGCUCUUACAGAUGAUACCAGCAAGGCAACCGAAUACACUAUCUUCGUGACUGCGACUGAGAUGACCAGCAGCAACCGUCAGUUCGCCACGGCCAGCGUCCAAGUGACCGUCCUCCGUGACCUGUACUCCCCUCAGUUCAACAACCUCCCCGCCACCAUAGACGUGAACGAGGACAUCCCAGUCGACAGAGCCAUCUUCACUGCAGAUGCAUACGACGCGGAUAUCCAAGGAACAAUAAAGUAUGAGCUGACAGGGGUCUUCCCAGCAAAAAGCUUCUUCGAGAUCGACCCUUCUUCUGGUGCCAUCGUCCUCAUGAACAGCCUCCUCUCAGACACGCUUGGCCGCACGUCGUACACGGCUCGGGUACAGAUUUACGACACCGCACGACCCGACAACCGCACACAGGCAGAUCUCGUCAUCCGGGUAGUGAGGAACUCCAAUGGUCCCAUCUUCUCUUCUGCGAGUUACGAAGCUUCUGUGGAAGAGAACUUCCCCCUGUAUCAGUCCCUGGUUCAGGUCGUCGCUAGUGAUGCUGACGGGGACAAGCUCACAUACACCCAUCUAGGCACUGCCGAGGAACAGAAACUAUUCUAUCUGAAUCCAGACAGUGGAGUUAUUUCCCUUGGUUCAUCUCUGCAGGACACGUCCAAGAAUCAGUUUGUGUUCGAAGUAGAGGCUUCAGACAAUCGCGCCUCCAGCAUAGCCAAAACAAAUCGUGUGACCGUGGUUAUAACUGUACAACGAGACAAUGGUCCCCCACGGUUCCUGAACGCUCCAUACGUCUUGGAUGUCCCCAUCCGACAGCCAGUCAACUCCAGCGUGGUGAUCGUCAUCGCCCGUGACCCCGACAACAAGGGAAUGAUGAGGUACCGACUGGACGGCAUCGCCCCCGGCACCGACUACUUCUCCAUCAGCGACAUCACUGGCAACAUCAUAGUGAAGCAGGAGUUGACUCUCAACACCGAUGUCUAUGCUAAAUAUACGCUUUUGGUAUCUGCUUAUGACACCAGCAGUCCAGAGAUCGUCAUAACAGAGCCAGUUCAGAUUAGAGUGUUGAGGAACCUGUAUUCCCCAGUUUUUGUGACGAAGUCGUACAUGCAAACCAUCUACGACUUCAUCCCUGUAGGAUCAAGCGUGCUACAAGUCACUGCCACGGAUGAUGAUAUUACCGCUCCGGAAAACACCUUCACAUACGACAUAGACAAUACUUCGCCAGCCAACGAGUUCUUCUCAGUGGAUCCCUUCAGUGGCAUUAUUAGAACCACAAAGGAUCUGUCAGAGAGCACCGCUUCCUCCUACGUGUUUAAUAUAAUUUCCCGUGAUCUGGGCGCCAGUAGUCGAUCUGACACCGCUACUGCUACAGUUGUGAUCCAGCGAAACAGUGGACGGCCAGUGUUCAUCAACCCUGAUCAGUAUGACGUCACCGUGUCCGAGACCAUGUCCGUGUUGUCCCCUAUCCUACACGUGCAAGCAGUGGACACCGACUCUGUGGACACGCCCAAUGGUCAGAUCGUCUACACACUCACUGGUCCAGCAGAGGCGCAACGGUUGUUUGAGGUUCAUAUGAUGACUGGAAAUAUCACGGCCAGAGUCUCCCUCACAACCGCUGCUAAUGACACCUACGAGCUCACUAUUCGUGCCAGCGACCGAGGCACACCAACUCAGAGCUCUGAAGUAACAGUGGUCAUCCGAAUUCGUCGCGAAGGAACCCCGUUCUUUCAGGAACCAGAAUACAUCGUCAGUCUGACUGAGAACACAGCAAUAGACACUGUAGUGAUUGACCUGAAUGCCACAGACCCACUUGAUAAUAAGCUGAUCUAUGAGAUCAAUGGUGACGGAAUGGCCUCUACAUUGUUCCGCGUCAGUCCAGAUACGGGUCUAGUGAGCGUGGCCCAACCCUUCAAAACAGACACUCAGGAGUCCUAUGUUAUCCGUAUACGUGCCUACAGACAGACGGACGCAGCAGUGUUCGCCACAGUGAUUGUCAGAGUGGUCAUUACCAGGAACGCCAAUGCUCCAAGCUUCUUGCAUAAUGACCUGGUGUUUAACUUGGCGGAGAAUUACCCUCUGGGCGUUUCACUGGGUCAGCUCAAUGCUACAGAUAAGGACAUCCCCUACAACAGGUACCCUGUCGGUAACCAAGAGCCUCCAAGAAGACGCCAACCAACCCUGAGUUAUGUCCUCAGUAUCCUAGCAACAGACAAUGGGUACCCUACUAAAUUCUCAGCACUUCAAGUGACUGUCAACGUUGUUAGAAACCGCAACGGUCCUGCUUUCUCCAGUGACGUGUAUGAGACUGAUAUCGAUGAGGAUGUUUCUGUUGGAACCAGCCUCCUGCAAGUACAGGCUGCAGAUGCUGAUGGUGGCCGAGUCACCUACACUCUCCUGUCAACUAUACCCACAUCGCUGUACUUUAACGUGGACGAGAACACCGGCGUGCUGAGUGUGGCGGCGUCUCUGCUGAUGGACAACGCAGCUGUAUACACUAUGACCGUGAGAGCCCGGGACUACCCAGGUGAAGGUGCCCUGUACCGCAGCAGUGAGGCUACCCUGGUUGUCACCGUGCGACGUAACCCCAACACCCCGGUGUUUGUACAGUCGACGUACAACAUCACCAUCUCCGAGUACACGGCUGUUCAGGACGUCGUAGCAACCAUCAGGGCCACAGAUGCAGACCCUAGUGACACGCCAAGCGGCCAGCUAGUGUACCGCAUCACCAGCGUGACGUUCCCCGGCUUCCAGAGCUCCACCCUCCGAAAUAACUACGACUUCUUCAUCAUCAGUCCGACAUCAGCAGACAUAUAUCUGGCCCAGACUCUCAGCAAACAUGGUGUCCCAGAUACGUUUUAUAUUACUAUUGAAGCUGCUGACCGCGCCCUGCCUCCCAAGAUCGCCACUGCUCAGCUGGAGAUUCACAUUGUCCGCAACAUACACACCCCACGCUUCACUUCCACAAGCUAUGGGGCAACUAUUGAGGACACUGCGGCUGUUGGGAGAACGCUGUUCACUGUCACCGCUCUUGAUGCUGAUGAGGAUGUACCUCUGAAUCAAAAUACCCCCAACGCAGAGUUCAAUUAUAUUGUUGAUCCCAAAUACAAAGACGCAGUGUGGUACUUCGACGUCAGUUCCGAUGGCAUCGUGAGCAUCAGGAACCCGCUCGUAUCAACUGAUACUCCGUCAUUCUUCUUCAAUAUUAUUGCUAUUGACAAGAGCUGGACACCGUUAAGCAGCCGAGUUCCAGUUCGCAUCAACGUGACCCGCACCAGUACAGGGCCCAGGAUCCUCGGCUUCACAGCGCCUAUUUAUUAG